AUGAGAAUCAGAGAGCUGACACGUGACCGAGCACUUCUUCAAUCUGAUAGGCCAAGCUCUGCCUACAGAUACAGGUUGCUCUGCUUCGAGUCCGACUCCGAACAUUUGAUUGUAGAGAUGCAUCAAGAUAUAUAUGACCAAGCUUCAGUACACUGUCCCUCAGCUGGAACUGGGAGUGGGGGGAGUGCGGGUACCAUGCAUUUUACCCGCGCAAAGGCACGGGGAGGAAAUACCAAGGGGAAAGAAGAAGACGUUUCCAUACACAAAAAAAGUGUUAAUAGGAUGGACAAUCUCAAACCUGUCAAACAACAUAUUCUCUGGGAAAAGAAGGCUGAGAUGCUCCAGUCUCGGGUGAAUGAGCUGGAGGAGGAAAAUGACUUCCUCAAGAGGCAGCUUGAAGAGAAGUCUGCACAAGAACAAGGUAUGGACUUGGAGAUAAUGGACACUGGAGGUGGGGAGCCACAGGCCAUGACUUUGGACUCCAGCACUGACACUACCACUGAUUCCAGCACUGACUCCAGCUCUAGCUCUAUCUCUGACUCUUCAGAUGAAGAAAAGAAGAAAAAGAAGCGUAAAAAGAAGAAUGGCAAGAAGAAAAGCAAAAAAAGAAAGAAGGACAACAAAAUGGUGAAGAGGUCAAACGGAAAAGGAGAGCGAGUUGCCUCAAUCGCAGAUGUGGUGAAAAGAUAUCAGCGUGUCCUCAAACUUGUGCAAAGAGGCUUCAGGAUGACCGCAGCUUUCAAGAAAGCUUGCGUUUCUAGAAAUGCUGUGAAAGACACCGCAGCAAUUGCAGAGAUUUACAUGGUAGACAAAAGUGUCCUAGAACAGUUCAAGGGUAAAUACACACUUUUGCAACUAGCACAACUCUGUCAGAAAAAAAUUGUUGGUGAACUGGCAGAAAAGAUAAUUGAAAUGAAAAACAACAAACAGCUCAUCCCCUUUUCUGUCAAGAAACACUUAAUGAGUUAAGUAGGUUGUUAACUAAUGCAACUUUGUUUGUUUUUGUUUUUGUGGUUGUACUCUUUAUAACUUGAGCACCAAGCUAGACCAACUAGGGCAGUGCAGCAUUUUUUUUCAAGUAUUGAGCGUGUUUUCUCGUUUUGCUCAAUAUAUAACGUUUGUCACAUAAUCUGAUGGUUCAGAUGUGAUCCUGAUACCCUAGUAAAUAAUGGGUUGUAUUAUUUGGAGUGUUUUUGUAUUUAAUAAAG